AUGAUUUCGAGCAAAAGCGUGAGCUUUCACCUGAGCCUGUCAGCCUUGCACAAGCCCUUAAAGCUACACCUAAGAGCGCGAGCCAUAGCACUGCCGAGCCAGCCUCAUCCGAUCCGCCAUUUGAGAGUGGGGGUCACGGGCGAAAGCGCAAGAAGAAGAACAAGGGGCGAAGCCGCCAAUCUUGGAAAGCUGCUCGUGACGCUAUUGCUCUUAGCCGUUCAGAGCUGGCCGAUCCUACCGCGGAAGACCGCGAGUUCACGUCCGAUUCCGAGCUGGAUUGAAACUGGUCUGCAUCUAUAUGGGUCCCCAGAGGAAACCUUCGACUCGGCAUCGUUCGAGAUCCCGCCUCCCAUUCUGCGACGUAGACAGUUCAAGAAGGGCAUUCCUUACGAUUAUCAGGGCCGGCUCUCACGUGGGGAUACCUUGGCUUUGAGCAUAGUUCCUUUGAGUUUUUGGGAACCCGGUAGGAGAUAUCAAGUCAAAGGGGACUAUUGGGGAAAGACAACGUUGAUUUGUGGGACUUUGGAGACUUUGGCAGUAAGUCGCACCGGUUCAUACUUGUAUUUGACCCUCAGUGGCACUGACAAUCUUGAGCUGCAGCGAUGGGCCGAGAACCUCACAGUCAACGGCCAGCCUCCCGAACUGACAAUCCACAUAUGCCCCCCAACAUGUCCGAGGACGGCAGUGGCAGCUUCAUCAAUGCAUGGCAUGGAAGUGUCAAGAGAGGACAGUGGGGCAGUUUGGGCCCGAAACGUCGAGAGUCUUCCCCAAGGCAUGGUUCCUGCGCCAGGGGCAGGCUUGGAACAAGAGUUAGCCGCACUAGCAGGAGGAGUCCCCAUAGACACCGGGAAACAAGCCGCUCGCCACUCCCCAGACAAAGACCAAGUCAAAACCGGCUCCCACAGCUACAAAGGCACUCCUUUGGACCCCCAAAAGAAGCUCAAGAGUUUUCUGAAGAAGAAGAAGAAGAGGGAGAAGAAAAAGGGGAGCCGCAAGAUGAAGCACAAGAAGGACAAAGCAAGUGGGAAGAAUCAGGAGAGCAGCUACAGCAACACCAGCACCAGCAGCAGUGGGAGUACAGCGGACUCUCAAGACUCUCAUCCCUUUCAAGAUUCCCAUCGGGUGAAGAAACUAGCGCGCAACAAGCCUGGGGUGUUGAUUCGGCAUGCUUUGGACGAAAUGUCACGCCUACUCGUAGAGGAUACAGGCGAGGAGGGAGCUCACAAGGUAGCCCCAAUCGUGCUGAAGUAUGUGCGUCUUCAUCUGGCAAACAAGGGCAUGAGUCCAGGGGUGAAGAGAGAGUUGCUCACAAUCGCCUACACGCUAGACCAGUUGAUUCGGCGCAACAUCUUGGGUGGUCUCGACAUUUUAAUUCAGCGGCUGAAGGCUAUAGAGUUGGUGGUCGCCGGCGCAGCUUGGGCUGUGGCUCAGAAUGUCGAGCUGGUGCCUCUAGAGCAGGAGCGAGUGGCAAGCGUAGCAGAAGCACACGAAGCAGCGAAGGAGUUCAAGCAAGAUUCCAAGGUUUGGAGAGAACUGGGCAAAGGCAAAGGGCAGCUUCCCUGGAAAGGGGAUUGGAAAGGCAAGCCCGGGGACAAGGGAGAGAAAGGAGAUGGCAAAGGGAAAUGGUGGGCAAAGCAGAGGGGAGAGCGAGAGAGAUACGCAGCAGCCAAGGGGAAGGGAGCUUCCAUGGCAGAGGGAACAACUGAAAAUAAAAACAUCUUCCCUCUGCCCCUGCCCAGCGCAGUCGACUUGGUAGAUGCUUUGGAUACACAUCAGGACGAAGAUUUGUGGGUGUAUCUGUUGGUGGCUAGCCUAAAUUACAUGCACGGGGGAAAUGGCGCGCAUUUCAAUCAGCGACCUCCUUCUACAGUCCAGAAACUAUGUCUGGAUUAUCUACGUUCCAGAGUACAAGCUUUCAUGUCUCACAGUUUCACGUUGUCAGAGUUUGAUUGGAAAGAUUUUUUCAGCACGCAGAGUUUGAACUAUGUUGGGGAUGAAGUCAAAACAGCGAAAUGGACUACAUGGGCGAAUUUAGAGCCAGCCCUGCCUUAUGGGCACAUCGGGGCCAUCAACGUCCUUGACUUGGCGGACGGAGGAGUGCGAGAGCUUCUCAUGGACCCGCUUCAGUUUCUCAAGCCUCGAUGGGAUGAGCGGCCGGUGCGCUCCUCAAGGGUGAUGGUGCAAGAAGCAGCUUGGGGCGAAGUGGCCCGCGGCUUGGUCAAGUACAACUUGUGCGCAGUUCUGCCAGAGAGUGCGUUGGUUGCACCAGGUGGGGUGCCACUUCGAAAUGGCCUUUUUGGCAUCGAGAAAGGAGAGGUUGCCAACGGUCAUGCUGUGCACCGUCUUAUUAUGAAUUUGGUGCCGUUCAACACCGUCUCCCUUUCCAUUGAGGGGGACGUGGGAACACUUCCCAUGCUUUCGCAGAUGAACUGCCUCCAGUUGCAUCCUCAAGAGUUCCUUGUCGUCUCUUCUGAGGAUAUACGCUGCAUGUACUACCUCUUUGCCUUGCCAAGCUCAUGGUAUCCAUUCCUGAGUUUGAACAUGCCAGCACCGCAAGACCUGGUGCCACCACAUGUGGAGGAACCAUGCUUUUUGGUUUCCAAAGUGCUGCCUAUGGGCUACUUGAACUCCGUGGGCAUCGCCCAGCACCUGCACCGAAACCUCAUCACACGAGCCCAAGGUGGCCCUACCCGGUGCGUCCCUUGGGCAGAGCUCCGAAAGGAUAGAGCGUGGUCGCAGGCCAACCCUGUUUGGCGAGUUUACCUGGACAACCUAGAUGUGCUCGAACGGGUGCGUCCUGAACUCGCGGUCAUGUUGGAGGGCUCCCUCAAUAAUGACCUCAAACCGCUCAUUCAAGAGUACGAGGAAACCGGCGUCCCUUUGAAUGCGAAGAAGUCGGUCAAACAAUCCACGUUCGCAGAGGUUCAGGGUGCCGAGAUUGACGGCAAACUAGGUUUGGCCCGCCCCAAAGGCGACAAGUUGGCAAAGUACACCAGCGCAGUCUUGAGUUUGCUCCGCCGAGGAUGGUGCAGCCAACGGGAGAUGCAAGUUGCAGCUGGCGGCUUGGUCUAUUUCGCAAUGUUCCGUCGUCCCUUGAUGAGCGUCCUGAAUUUCGUGUGGCGUUUCAUCCAGUCCUUCGAGAUUACCAGGCAACGCCGCUUGCCAAUCCCCACGGGAGUUCAGUCAGAAUUGCUUCUUUUUCUGGGCCUUCUUCCUCUUGCUCACAUUGACUUCCGAGUUGUUAGCUCAGACAUCGCUACCGCCAGUGACGCAUCAUGUUUGGGCGGGGGAAUUUGCGCAAGUGAUGGUCUGACCGAGCUUGGAGCAAAGGUGGCUGUAGCGCCUUUUCGCGGACAACAACAGGGUGAUGUUCCGGAUGCCGGCCUGGUGUGCAUCAGCCUGUUCGAUGGAAUCAGUGCGGCCAGAGUUGCCUUGGAGGUCUUACAAGCCCGGGUCUGCUUGCAAGUGUCGGUGGAGCCCGACCUUUCAGCUCGGCGUGUCGUGGAAGCCAACUUCAGCGAUGUCAUUCACGUUGCCAAGGUGGAGGACAUCACUGCGGAGAUGUGCCGGGAAUGGGCCAGCAAAUCAACUCGAGCCUCACUGGUGCUACUCACUGCAGGUCCACCGUGCCAAGGCGUCAGCUCCUUGAAUGCCCAUCGAAAGGGGGCCAUGGAUGAUGAACGCAGCCGAUUGCAUUUUGCCGUCCAACAUGUUCUCAGCCAUGUGCGAGAAGCUUUCCCCUGGUGCCGUACUGCUUUCUUCCAAGAGAGCGUCUGGAGCAUGGAUGCCGAGGACAGGAAAGUGUAUACGCAAGCGGCUCAGGUCCUCCCCUAUCGGGCCUGUUGUUCCGGGAUGGUUCCGUGCAAGCGGGACCGCCUUUACUGGUUUGACUGGUCCCUCGAGUCCGAACCAGGUGUCACGCUGUAUCCCCCUCCAAAUUCGGCUGCAGAAUCAUAUGGCCAAGUCGUGUUCAACACAGAUGUGGACACAAGCGGGCUCUUCAAGCCAGGAUGGGCGCCGCCCACAGGAAAGACGCCAGGCACUUUCACCACCGCACAGCCGUCGCUGCUGCCCCGCCCAUGGCCAGCAGGCCUCGCACGUUGCGAUGAGUCCACUUUGCAGCGAUGGCGGGCCGAUCGGCACCGUUUCCCUCCUUAUCAAUACCGGCCCGCUGCAUUGCUUUAUCAUCCCGACCGCCCGGAAGGUCGUAUUCCCGACGUGCAGGAGCGAGAACGACUGCUUGGAUUCCCGGUGGAUUACAGUUUCACCUGUUUGCCCAAGAAUGAAAUCAAAGCCAACCCGCUUCGACACGAGGACGUGAGGAUGACCCUCCUAGGCAACAGCUGGUCGGUGCCUGUGGUUGCCUACUUCUUUCUUCAGCUGCUAAAGCCGCUCCGACUCUGCCGACUCAGCUCUUUGCGUGACGUGCUGCUCACCCUGUUCACAGAGGAACCCAUUUCGGGCGAGGCUCUCCUUUCUUGGAGGGCCCUCCGGCACUCGACAACUGCUAAGUCCCCUCAGGUGCCCAACGCAGCCCUGUCCACCUCCCACGCGGACAGCGCUUCGCAAGUCUCGCCCUCUCACUUAACUACUCAGUUGGCAACCUUGGCAUCCAUGAAAGGCGAGGAUGUACUCAUCCAGAUGUCUCACGAUGCCCGGAUUCCUCAAAAGUUUCGCCGCAGCGUCCCAGUCGAACUGUGGACAUGGAAAGAGAUCUGUGGAUGGCGAUGGGCUGCGCAAUCCACAGAGCAUAUCAAUCGCCUCGAGCUGCGAGCAGUGUACACAUCCCUGCGAUGGCGCCUGUUGAGGCGCAAGGAAGUCCGAACCAAAUUCGUCCAUCUGACCGAUUCCUUAGUUUCUUUGCAUGUCAUCAAUCGCGGACGGAGUAGUUCAGUCAAAAUCCAAACUUUGAUGUAUCGCGUCGCGUCCCUGCUUUUGGCCACUGGCUUCCACCCUUGCCUCGCUUAUGCGGGCCCGUGUCCGCAAGAAAUGGUCAAAGUGACCACCGUUGCUGCAGGUCGAGACAAGCAAGCAAGGAAAGCCGCCCGCUCGGCGCUGGGUACGCUACGCGAAAACACAGUUGCUCCAAAAACUCGGGAGCGCUACACCGCCGCUUUAACGAUUUUUUUCUUCUUUUGUCGGUCUCACCAGCACCGUGUCCCAGAUGACCCGGCUCGCCUGGAUCUUCUCCUAGGCGACUACAUCGACUUUUUGUGGCAGGACGGCGAAAGCUUGUCCCUCGUCACCGAUUGUCUUUCCGGGUUGCAGGACCUCAGGCCUCUGUUGCGGGGCCACUUGCCUUUGUCAUGGCGCUUGGUGCGUACGUGGCAAAAGCACGAGAUGCCAGCAAGAGCACCUCCGCUCCCGGAAGAGCUGCUUCAGAGUAUGGCCGGUUUUUGUAGUAUGCAGGGUCGCCACCUUUUUGCAUUAGCCUUGCAAGUCGCUUUCUAUGGAGUACUGCGGACCGGAGAGCUCCUGGCCCUGCAGGCUCGACACGUGGAUGUGUCCGAAAGAGGAGACUUCGCAGUUCUCAAUUUGGGCUACACAAAAACGUCGCAGAGACUGGGUGCAGCCGACUCUGUCACCCUUAGAGUCUCUUAUCUUUGCCAGCUUUUGAAAGUCUGGAAGCAGCGCGUGAAGCCUCACGCGUUCUUGGUCCCUACGUCCGCGUACUUGUUUCGCAAAACUUUUGACGACUGCCUCAAGGAGUUGCAGAUCCAUACGUGGGCCUUCCGCCCUUACAGUCUUCGGCGCGGCGGAGCUACCGCGUAUUUUCGCAAGAAUCCCAGUUUUGAUUUCGUACGGCAGAUGGGCCGUUGGUCCAGUGAUCGUACUGCGCGUAUCUAUUUGAAUGAUGGCCUAGCUCAGCUCGCCACCAUGGAGUUCAGCGUUGCGAGGCCGCCUCUUCAGCGGCCUUUUCAGUUCUUUCAGUCGCAGCUUCGCCGCGAUCCCUGCGGAACAGGAGGGGGACGUGGAUAG